GGGCAACUAGCUUCUCUUUGUUGUCCCCGACUUGUAAAAAGCAGAGAUGAAGCCAUAAUGCCCCUAAAAAAGGUUUCUUUCAGCUCUGACGUGUUGAGAGAUGUGAAAGGAAGGAACGAAGAGGACGCUCUCCGCGUGACGUCAUCUCGUACAGGUUUGCCCAGCCGAGGUCGGCGUUCUGCCCGGCCUCGACCCUGAGGCUUCGCACGAACACUCUUAGCUUUCUCAGUGCGCUCUAUGAAGACUCUAGGCUGCGUCUCGCGCCCUCUACUCCUGGGACUUGGCAUCCUUCUAUGUAACCUGCGGCCAGGUCCAGCCCACUUCGUUGUGCCAGAUUCGUAUCGGUCUCGGGUCAGGGGCGGGGCUACGUAUCAGCCGUGUCCAAUGGGGCCGUGGGGUCAGAGGUGAAGGGUGAAGGGGCGAAUACUGAAAAGUGCCGGCUCUGCCGCACCUCGCGGUAGUCAUGGAGUCUGUCACUGCCGAGGAGCUCCCUGAAGAGGAAGAGGAAGAAGAGCAGGAGCAGCUAUUGAAGCGGCAUCGGAAGGAGAAGAAGGAGCUGCAGGCCAAAAUUCAAAGCAUGAAAAAUGCGGUUCCGAAGAAUGACAAAAAGAGGAGGAAACAAUUGAUUGAGGAUGUUGCUAAAUUGGAAGGAGAAAUGGAACAGAAACACAGAGAAGAACUGGAGCAUUUGAAGCUUACUUCACAUGCAAAGAAUAAGAUAGACUCUGUUGUCGUUAACAUUGCAUGUUUGGAUAUUGAGAAUCAGCAACCUCGGAUAUCAAAAGCACAGAAGAGGCGGGAGAAGAAAGCUGCAUUGGAGAAGGAAAGAGAAGAAAGGAUAGCAGAAGCAGAAAUUGAAAACUUAUCUGGAGCCAGACAUCUAGAAAAUCAGAAACUUGCACGUAUUUUGGCAGCUAGACAUUUAGAAAUUAAACAGAUUCCAUCAGAUGGCCACUGUAUGUACCGAGCUAUUGAAGACCAGCUAAAGGAACAGGAAUGCCUCCUGACUGUAGCCACCUUAAGAAGUCAAACCGCUGAAUAUAUGCAAAACCAUGUGGAGGACUUCCUGCCAUUCUUAACAAAUCCUAAUACAGGAGAUAUAUAUACUCCAGAAGAGUUUGGAAAGUACUGUGAUGAUAUUGUAAACACAGCUGCAUGGGGAGGUCAACUUGAGUUAAGGGCUCUGUCUCAUAUUUUGCAAACACCAAUAGAAGUAAUACAAGCAGACUCUCCUCCAAUUGUAGUUGGUGAAGAAUAUUCAAACAAACCUUUAACACUCAUAUAUAUGAGACAUGCCUAUGGCUUAGGAGAGCAUUAUAAUUCUGUGAAACAACUGAUGGACUCAGCUACUGAAAAUGGUAGCUAGUUCAUGAAGUUGGUGCAAUUAUAUAUUGGUUCUGUGCAGCAUGACUGUCUGGGCAUUCAUAUCAAGACCUAGAUUGUUCCAAAGGGAAUUGAAUCUCUUCUUUUUUAAACUUCUUUCUCCUCCUUUUCCUCUUCCUUCUCUUCCAGCUGCUCUUCCUCCUCUUCCUUCUUUUCUCUUCCUCUUUUUUUUUUUUUUUUUUGCAAAGCUUCUAAUGGAUUUUGAACACACAUCAGAAAUAAACUCUAACUAGUUUCCACUUAGUGGCAUUUUUAAAACUUGUUUAGAUGCAUCAUGUGAGAGCAACAUAGGCAGAGCAGGUUUAGGACAAAACUUCCAAAUAUUGCUAUUUAUUAUAUCCUAAAGUAGAUUUCCUCUAACCUACACUGAUAUAAAUUUUAAAUGGUCAUAUUUUUAAAUGUUAGUAAAAAGCUUCCAGUAUCUUUCAGUAUAACUAUUGAAGAUAUAAAUACUCAGCAAUUAUGUGGUAAUGGUGAGAGUGAGUUCUGAUACUCCUUUCAGAUGAGAUUGAAUGCUUAUCGCUUGGUAUUACUGAUAGAAUGAUCUGAAUUUUUUCCACAAUGUUAUUUUUAUAAGAUUAAGGUACUGCUAAGAGCAUACUUGAAUAAUUAAGAAUUUAAUAGUAUUUAUGCAGGUGCAAAUCACUUGAUUAAAAGAAGUGGAUAAGGUGAAAGGCCUUAACACAUAACAAUUUAUGCCUAAAGUAUGACACUUCAUUUAAAAAAAAAUGUAGUUACUGAGUUGUCUCCUACCCCACCCCCAAGUUUGCUUUUAGAUUUAUCUUAAUUCAUUAGCUAUUUAUUGCUAUUUUUAAAGGCUUAUACUCUGCAAUUAGUACUAUACAUUUGUGAUUAUAUUAAAAAGUUCAGAUUAUAUGCUUUUUUAAAAAUUUUGCUUUGCUUUUGAAUAUUCAGCUGCUCUCACAGCUGACUUCCUAACUUGCCUCAGUAACUCCUCAGUUUGGUUUGCUUUUUCUUAAAAAAAAAAAUGUAUAUAUAUAUAUAGCUUUCUUUCUCACAUUUGCUUACUAUCCCAUCAUUCUACCUAGUUGAUUUUUUUUUUUACAACACUACUUUCUGUUUUAAUAACAACUCUAAGACAGAAGGACAAAGGCUAGGCAAAGGAGGUUAAGUGACUUGCUCAUGGUCAAACUGCUAGGAGUUUGAGGUCACAUUUGAACCCAGGUCCUUCCAAUGCCAGGCCUCUGUCCUCUGCUACCAACUGCCUCUACCUGGUUGAUUCUGUAGAAAAAUAUUGACUGCUUCAGUUUUUCUCCUGUACAAAAUAAGGAGACUAGUUCUUGUGAUCAAAAUGUCUGAAUUUAACCAUGCUCACAUCCACAUUUCCAUUUUGCUUUUUUUUAAGCUUCCUACUUUUCUUAAUCACUUUUGUCUCUAGUGUUCAAAAGAAAGCCCUAGUUAUUUGUUACAUUUUACUGUAUUAUGCUAGCUUUCCAUUAACUAAGCAUUUGAGAAUUGUUUAUAAUUCAGCUAUGGGUAAAAUAUAAAGUGUGGUUGGGAGCCCAAAGCUGUAUAAUAUGCAGUAUGUUCAGGUGUAAAAGAUGGAUCUCUAUUUUCCCAUAUUGCAAGACACAGAAAAGAGACCAUACUUUAGAUGGUCCUCCCUAAGUCCUAUAUAUAAAUGCAUCUCAUUUGCUCUACAAAUAGGCAAUUACAAAUAACUUUUGUUUGAUAUAUUUGCUUUUUGGAAGAAGGAAUAAAAAUACACUCUCAGCAUCAGGUUAAUAAUUUUUGUGUAUAUUUGCCCAAUAUACAGGACUUUUUUGUAGAUAAUUAAAGUUUAUAUGAUUUAAAUUAAAUGCCUUUUAGGUAAGAAGAUAUACAAAAGAAUGGAAUUCUAAAGUAUUAAUGCUUUUGACCUAUUUUCUAAGUAAUCACUGUAACUUUUAAGCAGAAAUAUUUAAAUGAAUUUGAUAUCAUGAUCCAUGUCAGGCAAAGUAGAUUAUCCAAAUCUAAAGAUUUAAAAGCAAUUCUUCAUUUGUUAGCUAUCAUUUUCAUCAUGAGCUGAAUAUUGUCUUGUUCAUGGAAUUUUAAAAAAGUAGACACGAACAAGAUUUCUAUUGGGAAUUUUUUUUCUUUUAUAGAAUUUGUAUUCUGAUUCAACAUUAUUUGCCAUCAUUUAAGUAUUACCUAAAUCAAAGUUUAAAUAAUGGCUGAUAUUGAUUAAUUGCAACAUAUGCUAAUUUAGAUUUUUGUAUGCGAUAAAGCCUGUUCUAAUUGGAGCUUCAAAGGGUUUCCAUUGUUCUUAACUUGGCACAAAAAAGGGAUAUGUCAGAAUUCUGGAAUAUGUCUUUGUCCAAAUAUUUUAUCCACUUUAUUAUGUUUACAACUUGUAUUAAGCAAAAGAAUGUGUUUAAUUAUUGUGAGCAAUAUAGUUUUGCUCAUAUUAUCUGAGACUUGCCAAAAGAAUAAUAAAAGAUGAAUGAAUCAAAUGAAA